AUGGAUGACCUUAAGGCGAUCUUGGCGCGGCCGAUCCAGGUCGCGGAGCAGGUGAUCAAGUGGGCGGAGGAGGCGCAGACAAACCGGCAGGAGUGCCUGGAGCUCAAGGCCAAGGUCGAGCGCCUCGCCUCCCUCCUCCGCCAGGCCGCGCGUGCCGACCUCUACGAGCGCCCCGCCCGCCGAAUUCUCGACGACACCGGCAAGGCGCUCGACAAGGCCGCCUUGCUGCUCGACCGCUGCCGCGGCCACGGCAUCGUCCACCGCGUCUUCACCAUCAUCCCCGCCGGCUCGUUCAAGAGGACAUCCAACCAGCUCGACAACUCCCUCGGCGACCUCUCCUGGAUCCUCCGGGUGUCAAACUACGCCAAUGCCGGGGAUGACCUCGACGACCACAUUGGCUUGCCACCAAUCGCCCAGAACGAGCCCAUCCUCUUCCUCAUCUGGGAGCAGAUCGCCGUGCUCUACACGGGCACCUCCGAAGCCCGCGCCGACGCCGCGGCCAGCGUCGUCUCCCUUGCGCGCGACAACGACCGCUACGGCAGGCUCAUCAUCGAGGAGGACGGCGUCCCGCCGCUGCUGCGCCUCAUCAAGGAGGGCCGCCCCGAGGGCCAGGAGAACGCCGCGCUCGCCAUCGGCCUCCUCGGCCGCGACCCGGAGUGCGUCGAGCUCAUGGUGCUCGCCGGCGUCUGCACCGCCUUCUCCAAGAUCCUCAAGGACGCGCCCAUGAAGGUGCAGGGCAUGGUGGCGUGGGCCGUGUCCGAGCUCGCCACCAACCACCCCAAAUGCCAGGACGCCUUCAUGCAGAGCAACGUCAUCCGCCUGCUCGUCUCCCACCUCGCAUUCGAGACGGUGCAGGAGCACUCCAAAUACGCCGUCGCGUCCAGGAUGUCCAUCCACUCCGUGCUCAUGGACAGGAAGGGCAGCGGCAACCACGCGUCGCAUCAGGACGCCUUAGACGCGGCGGAGCACGCCGGCGCCAACUUGGCGGCGAAGCCUACCGCGGGCGGAAGCGCCGGUGGGGGCACCAGCUCAAGCGGCACCACCACCGCAAGCGCUGCCGCCGCAAGCGCUGCCGCCGCAAGCGCCGCCGCCGCAAGCGCCGCCGCGAGCAUCGGCAGCGUGGCCGGGACGAAGCAGCACAACGUGUCCCUGUCGGGGACGAGCACGCGAGGGAGGGAGUACGAGGACGAGGAGACCAAGGCGUACAUGAAGUCCAACGCCGCCAGGGCGCUGUGCCAGCUCGCUACGGGCAACCCGGCCGUGUGCAAGAACAUCACGGAGUCCAGGGCUCUGCUCUGCUUCUCCAUCCUCCUGGAGAAAGGCGUCCCCGAUGUGCAGUACAACUCCGCCCUGGCUCUCAUGGAAAUAUGCCGUGUCGCAGAGCAGAACGCGGACCUCCGGAGGUCGGCGUUCAAGCCUACGUCCCCCGCGGCGCGCGCCGUCGUCGACCAACUCCUCCGCGUCGUCACGAAAGGGGAGUACGACGACCUCCUGAUCCCCUGCAUAAUGUCGCUGGGGUGCCUGUCGAGAACCUUCCGGGCGACGGAGACCCGGAUCAUAGGCCCGCUGGUGAACCUCCUCGACGAGCGGGAGUCCGACGUCUCCAAGGAGGCCGCCGUGGCGCUGACCAAGUUCGCCUGCACGGAGAACUACCUACACGUGGACCAUUCCAAGGCCAUCAUCAACGCCGGCGGCGCCAAGCACCUGGUCCAGCUGGUCUACUUCGGCGAGCAGGUGGUACAGGUGGCGGCGCUCCUCCUCGUGUGCUACAUCGCGCAAAACGUCCCGGACAGCGAGGACCUCGCGCAGGCAGAGAUCCUCACCGUGCUGGAGUGGGCGUCCAAGCAGGCUUACAUGGUGCAGGACCCGUUGAUCGACAACUUGUUACCGGAGGCCAAGAUCAGGAUGGAGCUAUACCAAUCCAGAGGAGCAAAAGGUUACCACUGAGGACCAAUCCAUCCAUCCACCCACCCGCGCGCUGCAGAUCAGAGAUGCUGUUGGCACGGCAUGCAUGUACGUAGGAAGAACACAGCAAGCUGACUCCUCCUCCUUCACAUCUGCCUAGC